GAACUUUACAAGAACAAUGGCAGAAAGAGCUGAUAACCGAAUUUAUGGAACCCUACAGACCGAAGGGCAAAAUAAUAAAUCUGCUUUAUUAUCGGAAAGUUCCAAUGAUAACAAUAUGGAACAUAAUAUCUCUUCUUUGGACGUUCUCCUGGAAAUCUACAAUACAAAGUUAAGUUGCAUAUCUUAUGGUGCCAAAUAUACUAUUUUGUCUCCGGACGAUAAAUCUCAUAUACUCGAGAUGAAAAGGGAAAAUUUUGAGGUUCAUGUUCAGUGUGUUAAUUCGUUUCGGACUAGUGACAAAGGAGACAAAAAAAUUCUUGACACAAAUGCCAGAAUCAAGAGUGAAGAACAUAUUGAUAUUAAAUCUGAAUUUAAACUCUACCCAAGAUCUAGAGAAACAACCAAUGAUCAAGGAUCCAUGUCUCUUGUGUCAAAAUAUGAUGAACAAAAUGAUGCAUUUUGCGACAAUAUAUUUAUGGUAGUUGAUACAUAUGCAAAUGAUUAUAAUAUUGCAUCUUUUAUUGGUUGCGAACUUCCUAGUGAUAGUGGAGACCCAAAAGGACUUGAAUUAUAUAUAACAGGGUUGGGAUAUGAACCAAAUGUUGUGGUUAAUGGAAAUUCUUUGGAAGAGGCAAGAUUAAACGAUAGAAAAGAUAAUUUGUAUUGGAUUGUGUUAAAUGAUGGAACUGUUGAAGAAUUUAAGCAAUCACUUAAAUCACCUGAAUUAUCUGAAUAUGUCUAUAAAAAAAAGAAUCAAAAACUCGAAAAAGAAAAAAAAGUCAUUAUUAAUAUAUUUAAGAAUAUGGCAAUAUGA